AUGGCUAAUCUAAAGCUAUAUUUUUAUGUUUUAAUAAUCAUAAUUUAUGUAAGUAGUGGAAAAAGUGAAAAUAACGUCCAAAUUCCAUGUCCAAAUUUGUGCCAAUGUGAAAAUAACGUCGAAACGGGAUUAAAAGUUAAAUGUGAAAAUAUAAAAGAUAUUAAAGAAAUCAUAUUUGGUGAAAACUCAUCAGAAAUUGCUCAUUUAGAACUAGCUAAUAAUCAAAUCUCGUAUAUUGAAGCAGAUGCUUUUGCCGGAAAUUUUAGUAAGCUUCAGCGAUUGAAUGUCAGCAACAAUCAAAUCACAAAUAUCUUCCAAGGUGCCUUUGAUAAUCUCAAAUCACUCAAAAUCCUAGACAUUUCAUCAAAUCCUCUUGCUUGCAAUUGUGAACUUUUGUGGAUAGUUGAUUAUGUUAAAAAUUAUUCAAUUAAAUUGAAACCACCACCAAAAUGUGCAACACCAGAAGAAUUCAAAGGACAUGCAAUUAAAAAAAUCCAUAUUGGAAUAGAUAUUCAUUGUUCUGCUUCGGUAACUAAUCAACCACAACUUGAUCUGAUUCCCGACAGAACUCAAUUGAUCUUUGAAGGAGAUUCAUUAACAUUAACAUGUCGAGCACCACGACUUGCUUUGGGAUCGAUGAGAGAGCAAGAAGAUUUUGCAACUAAAUCAAAUGUCUUCUGGGGAUGGUCUGAAAAGAUUGUCUCACCGGGAAGUAAAGAAGAUGUCGUGUUCUUAAAUCCAACAGAGAAAUUUCCAUCCGUCUCAAUUGAUGAAAGACAUUUCUCAGAUUCUGGAAUUUUAUAUUCUGUUUUAAAGAUUCCACACGUGACGAGAAAUCAUUCGGGAUUAUUUGAUUGCACAUUACAACAGAAAGACGAUGGACAUCUGUCAAAGAGAGUUUCAGUUCUUGUUAUAAGUGAUAAGACAAAAUAUUGUUUUGCUCAAGAGACGAGUGACAACAAAGGAAUUUUCUCAUGGCCUCGAACAAUUCGUGGUAAUACAGUAAGACUUCCUUGUGCAAUUGACGGUGUUGGAAGUAGUUCUGCAACUCGCAGAUGCAAUGAAACUGGGCUAUGGGAAAAUGUUGAUGACUCAAGUUGUCCUUACAUAAGAGAAACCACAAGAAUUCUUGAGCAAUUUGCGAAAGUUAAUCUGACAAUUGCUAGAGGAAGUGUUCUUGAAUCAGCUAAACGCUUAAGAACAUUCACUGCGAAGAAUUCACGAGAAAGAUUCAAAGAUCCCGUUGAUGUUAUUUACAUAGGAAAAACUGUUCAAAAUUAUUUAGAAUUCAUAAAUAUGGAGAAGGAAUUAAGUUCAAUCAUUAUUGAUAUUGUUUCUAAUGUUAUGGAGUUUCCUAAGAAAUUACUCGAGCAUGCUCAAUUUAUCGAUGGAACAUGCAAGAAGCUAAUCGAAGCCGCUGAAGAAGCUGCUUCGUAUACUACAUCAGCAGAUUCACAAAAACAAAAUUUAGCGAUAGAACUUUUCAAAAUUCCAAUGGACAUCAUAGUUGGAAUUACAUGUUCAUGGAUAAAAAUCGAUAAUUCAAGAAUCUUUCAAUGUAACACAGCAAGUCGAACUCAAAGUUUAGCGUUUCAUGAGAAGAACAUCGAAGCUUCAAUUCAAUUUCCAGCAACACAAUAUUCUGGUUCACAAACUCAUCGUCUGUUAGUGUCAGUUUAUCAGAAUAAUAAUUUCUUUCCACAAAACAAAUCGCAAGGAAAUUUUUUAAUAACAUCAAACAUUAUUGGAGCAAAGUUAGUUGGGCCAGCAAUUCCAUCGCCGAUGGCUCCGAAGAAUCUUUCUGAUUCAAUUUUUAUUGCUUUGAAGGCUGCACCAUUUCAUGACAAUAUCAGCCUUCCAAAACCUGUCUGGUGGGAUCCUGAAAUGAACGAUGGAUCUGGUGGUUGGUCACUUAAUCAAGGAUGUCAAUCGCUUCAUUAUUCACAUGGAAUUCAAAUGUUCUCAUGUAAUCGUCUUGGAUUUUAUGGUCUCGUUCAACAUGCAGGUGCACUAAAUGACUUUCCUGAUGAAAAUGCUGGCGCAAAGUUUCGCUUUUCACCAUUUGGCUUCUAUCUUGGCGCUUUUAUUUUAUUCUUUACAAUGUGGAUUAAUAUUGUUACUUACGUUCUUUACUUCAAUCAAAUCAUGAUGGGACGAAGAAUUAAACAUUCACUCAUCAAUACUUGGCUUUCAAUUGCUUCUCUCGUCUUCAUCUUUGCUGUUGGCAUCUUUCAAACGGAAGAUUACAAAAUGUGUCAAUUCUUUGGUGUUUCCAUUCAUUAUCUGAGCUUAUGUGUGCUUCUUUGGAUUUGCGUGUCAGUCUCAAAUAUGUACAAGAGAGUGUCAAGAAAUGAUCGAAUUGCCAUUGAAGAUGAAUUACCAAGAGAAGAGCCGAGAACGAAGAAACCAAUUCUUGGAUUGUAUCUUGUUGGAUAUGGCAUUGGAUUGUUGAUUUGUGGAAUAAACUCAGCGGUAAACUUCAAGGAAUAUGCAAGUUAUACUCACUGUUUCAUGGAUUCAAGUUCAGAGUUAGGAGCUUUGUUCCUACCAGCUUCAAUUCUUAUUUUCUUCCUGCUUAUCAUGUUCAUUUGCAUCAGAUUUCAUUUAAGAAAUCGAGUGAUUUGUAACACUCACAUGUCGGAAGGAACUGAAGCAUUGGAAAUUGAUUUGUUGGAAUCGAACAAUGCUGUAAAUGCAGCAAGAAGUAUUCGAAGUGUGCGAAGUUUAAGCACACAACCGACACAUUCUUCAGCAGACGAUCUUGAAGCUUCACCACGUACACAACUUAAAAGUUACAUUAUUGUCGUUGCGCUUUAUUUGUUGACAUGGAUAUCAGCUGGAAUGGGAGUUUCAAUUCCAUUCAAUGAACGAUUAAUUUAUGAAGAAGAAAUCUUCUCAAUUGCUUUUGCCAUCUUCGCGACAUUCUUGGGAUGUUUCAUAAUGUUCUUCUAUGGAAUUGCUCGUAGUGAUAUUCGUGCAAUUUGGUCAAGAAUUAAACAUCAUACAGUUAAUCAACAAGCAUCAGUUUAUGGCGAUGAUAGCAGCAAUGCUGAAAUGUUUUACAACCCAAGUCAAAGCAAUGCGGCGCGAAGAUUCUUCAAGAAACAGAAGAAACUCUUAAAACUCAACAAUAUUGACGUUCAAAGAAGGAAUGAUUUUAAUGACGCGUCGAGUGACAUUUCAUCAACAAUUAUGUCGUUUUCGAAACCUGUGAGUGAGAUGUUUGGAACGAGUAGUAAAGUCAACAACACAAAUAUUCAUGUUGAUGAGAAUAAGAUGAAAGCAAAACAAUUCUCAAACGCAAACAUUAUGUCUGACAGUUGUAAUGAAAGUGAACUUUUUAUGGAUAUUUGCCAAGAAGGUUUAAGAUUUAGUACAUUGAAGAGUAAAGUGAACAACACAGAAGCAAAUGUUGCAAAUAUUUAUACAAACUUUCUUGAAAAUCAAUCACCAGCUCAUGAAACUGUUGCGAUGAAAUAUGAGGAGAAGCAGAAAUCUUCUGAUGUUCACAAUAAUUUAAACAAUCCUGUUGAUAAAAAUAUUCCAGGUCCACUUUAUGUUAACACGAGAAAUAUUAUGGAAAAUACAAUUGAAGAAGUUAAUGAGACGUCAGAUCAAGAGGCUGAAGUGACACCAUUAAUGGUGAAAGUAAACAAUCCAAACGAUGCUAUGAACACAGUUGGUCUUCCUUCACCUCCAAAUCAACAAUUGGAAGAUGAAUCGAAGCAAAAAAAUCAUCUCAACUUGACACGAGAAGAAACUUACAUAUCACCUUCUUUGGAGAUUUCUGGAAAAUCUCUGAAUGAAGUUGCAACGAAACCAUCUCAAGUGAAGUCAAAAUCUUUGGAUCAAUUAAAUUUAGUGACGAGUUUAAUUUAUCAGGAAACACAUACACGAUCAAUUUCAUUCAACAACAUAUCAUUAAUUGAUCAAAAUUAUUUAUUACCAACAGCAGCAAUUGCCUCAAGUACAACAAAUAAUUAUCAUCAACAUCAUAUGACGUCGUCUCUUAUGAUGAAUCGUGAUGAAUCUAACAGUCCGAUACUGAUUGCACCUUCACUUUGUGAUUUGGAGAAUAUCGACGAUGAUAUGGGAAAUGAAAGCAAUUUUACUGUCAGCAAUGACACUGUUGAUGAUUCCAGUAUGGAUGAUUUGUUGAAUAAUCAAUCAGUUGAUGCAAAUCGACACGAUUGCACUCCAGUCUUUCUCAACCCUGACAACACGCCUAAUUUUAAUAUUUUCAAUUCAACAUCAAAUCGCAACUCAAGCCCAACAAAUUACAGUGACAUUAAUUAUCAAAAUUCUGAGUUGAGCAUUAGAAGUCAAGAUCUUUAUGCGCCAGCUGAUAACGAUUUAAACUUCAUACUCGCAGAACGUGACAAUCUUAACUUUAGCAUAAGUGACGAUGAUGAAGAUAAUGGAAAUCACGCUUCAGAAUUUAAUUGCUCAAGUGACUUCUUAAUUCAUCCGCAACAGUCUGAUGAAGAUGGAAUUGAUCAGCUUUACGAACAGGUGCGUGGAACUGACAUUCCAACACCGAAGAUAAAACCACCUCCACCUCCUAAGCCGAAGAAUAUUAAACUAACACGACAUUAUCUUUUCCAACAUUCAAAUCUUUUGAGUCCAGGAGAUGACGAUGGCAGUAGUAUUAUUUAG